UAUCCCAUCUGUCUGGCUUCUCACUGAGCAGCAGAGCGGGCAGCUCUCAGGUUACCAGGGCAGAGUGGGGUGCGCACUGGGGCCCCGCUCAGGGCACAGGAAACUUGUUGCCGUUGAGAACAGAGCUCUUACCAGCAGCACAUCCGUGUCUCCACUGCUUUUGUGCUGCUGCACAACUCAUUGGUCUCAGCUUCGGAAGGUGAAAACAAUUUUUGUGUUCCUGGAGGAGCAGAGUUACUUCAGGAUUCAGAAUGAAGAGAAACAGCCUGCCCUUCUGCUGUGUCUCCCUUUGGUUGGUUUUCACAGCAAUGAUACUUCGAGGUGUGGAGUCUGCACAAGGAAAAUAUGCUCAAAUGCUAUUCAGUGAACUGUUUGGAGACUAUUCAAAUGCUCUGAGACCAGUGGAAGACACAGAUAAAGCACUGAAUGUCACCCUUCAGAUCACGCUGUCCCAAAUUAAAGAUAUGGAUGAAAGAAACCAAAUUUUGACUGUGUAUUUAUGGAUUCGACAAAGUUGGUAUGAUGCAUAUCUCAAGUGGGACAAAGAUGAAUAUGAUGGGUUGGAUUCUAUCAGGAUUCCUAGCAACCUGGUAUGGAGACCAGACAUUGUCCUGUAUAACAAGGCUGAUGAUGACUUUUCAGAACCAGUGAACACAAAUGUAGUAUUGAGAUAUGAUGGAAAAAUUACUUGGGAUGCACCAGCUAUAACAAAGAGCUCAUGUGUGGUGGAUGUUUCUUAUUUUCCCUUUGAUGACCAGCAGUGUAACCUUACCUUUGGUUCCUGGACCUACAAUGGUAAUCAGGUAGACAUAAUAAAUGCUUUGGACAGUGGAGAUCUAUCUGACUUUAUAGAAGAUGUGGAGUGGGAGAUUGAUGGGAUGCCAGCUGUUAAGAAUGUAAUCACUUAUGGCUGCUGCUCUGAGCCGUAUCCAGAUAUUACAUUCACACUGAUCUUGAAAAGGAGGUCUUCCUUCUAUAUAUUUAACCUGCUGCUCCCUUGUGUUUUGAUCUCUUUCCUGGCCCCACUGGGAUUUUACCUUCCUGCAGAUUCUGGGGAAAAAGUGUCGCUUGGCGUUACAGUUCUGCUUGCUCUAACUGUAUUUCAGCUAAUGGUUGCAGAAAGCAUGCCUCCUUCUGAAAAUGUGCCCUUGAUAGGCAAAUAUUACAUAGCAACUAUGACAAUGAUUACAGCAUCCACUGCACUGACCAUCAUUAUAAUGAAUAUCCAUCACUGUGGAGCAGAAGCCCAACCUGUUCCACAAUGGGCCAGAGUGGUUAUUUUGGACUACAUGUCAAAGAUCUUUUUUGUUUAUGAUGUGGGUGAAAAUUGUACAAGUCCACAAAGAGUGAAAGCACAAGAACAUAAAUUAAGAAAGGAUUUUAAGUAUCAGAAAAAGCAAGACAGACAUGAGGGGGUGACCAGUCAACUUUCCAGGAACAGAAACAAAGACAGUGAUCUAAAGAAGAAGCUAAAUAGACAUUUAAAUAACAGUAAUGGAAUUCAAUGUGAAAAUGCUAAGGAUGCUGUUAACUGCUGCUCCUGUUAUAAAGUACUGAUAAAGAAUAUUGAGUAUAUUGCUAAUUGCGUCAGAGACCACAAAGCAAACCGCGCGAAAGGAAUUGAGUGGAAAAAGGUAGCAAAAGUGAUGGACAGAUUCUUCAUGUGGACUUUUUUUAUUAUGGUCUUUUUCAUGAGCUUCCUGAUUAUUGGCAAAGCAAUUUAACUGAAGAUACUAGAGUGUAUUUAUUUUUAUGUAUGAAGGAAUGUUUAGCUAGUUUGCCUUGAUGGUACUUUGUUACUGAGGGAUGUAUCUGAGUUUUCUGUAUCUUUAAUUCUGUAAAAACAAACAAAAUAAUUUGAGAGAUUGCCAUUACGUGAGUCAUCUUGUCAGAAUGAUUCCAUCAGAUCAGAGGCAUCCAAACUUUGCUCAGCUAAGGUCAUAUUAGCAACUUGCCGGGAGUUAAGGGCGGAGU